AGUUUUAACUACGGUUAUCUGCAGAUAAUCCAUAUCCGUAAAAAUGAGUUGAUAUGGAAUUGAACUCGGUCGAACUUGGAGCUGAACCGAAUCAUGUAGUCUCUACUCUCUUCCUUCUUCUCCGUCGAAACUCCCCUCUUCUGCGAAUCCCAUCAGCCAGAAGUUGUCUAGUUCUUACUGAUUACAUGCUGGAGCUGAAUGUGAUCUCUCUAUUGCUUUUUGAGUCUUGGGUUUACUCUCACAUUGUUUUAUGUUCAUACUGCAAAAGUAACUGGAUUGUUUUACUCCUAUGACUGCUGGAUCUUACUUGGUCAUCAAAUUUUCUUUCUAUCAAUAAGGAAUUCGAUGUUGUUGGGAGGGAGACUGAGAAAGGAUACUAAGCCAGCUAUGGUUUGUACUACCAAUGAUUGACAUGAAUGGAAAGAUUUUUCCAGAGGACUAUAAUGAUGUGCAUUAUUAUGUAGAGUCACCGGGUUUUGGAUAUAGUCAUAGCAACAAUGUAGGUGCAAUGCAACAUAUGAGAACUCCUUCAGACACAACACAACAACAAAUUAGUGGUGGCCAAAUAGUUUUUAGUUAUGAAAAUGUUGCUAAAAUUACUAACGGGUUUUCAAGUGAAAACGUGAUAGGAGAAGGAGGUUUUGGGCGUGUUUACAAGGCUUCAAUACCCGAUGGUAGAAUUGGAGCAGUUAAGUUGUUGAAGGUUGGUAGUGGUCAAGGAGAAAGAGAGUUUAGAGCAGAGGUUGAUACUAUUAGUCGUGUUCAUCAUCGACAUUUGGUAUCGUUGAUUGGUUAUUGUAUAUCUGAGCAACAAAGAGUUCUCAUUUAUGAGUUUGUUCCUAAUGGAAAUCUUGAUCAACAUUUGCAUGAAAGUGCAUGGAAUGUUUUGGAUUGGCCCAAGAGGAUGAAGAUAGCAAUUGGUGCUGCGAGGGGCCUUGCAUAUCUACAUGAAGGCUGCAACCCAAAGAUUAUUCACAGAGAUAUUAAGUCAUCGAAUAUACUUUUGGACAAUGCUUAUGAGGCUCAGGUUGCAGACUUUGGACUUGCCAAAUUAACCGAUGCUGCUCAUACUCAUGUAUCAACUAGGGUGAUGGGUACUUUUGGCUACAUGGCUCCAGAGUAUGCAACGACUGGAAAACUAACGGAUAGAUCAGAUGUUUUCUCAUUUGGAGUUGUUCUUCUUGAGCUUAUAACUGGAAGGAAACCUGUUGAUUCAACACAGCCUGUGGGAGAAGAGAGUUUGGUUGAGUGGGCCCGUCCACUUCUCGUUCGUGCAAUUGAAACAGGCGACUUUAGUGAACUAGUAGACCCAAGACUUCAACGACAAUAUAUUGACAGUGAAAUGGUUAGAAUGAUUGAAGCAGCUGCAGCAUGUGUUCGGCAUUCUGGCCCAAAACGACCGCGGAUGGUUCAGAUUGCAAGAGCCUUGGACAGUGGAGAUCAACUAUAUGAUUUAUCGAACGGGGUGAAGUAUGGUCAGAGCAGAAUUUAUGAUUCUGAAAAGUAUCAUGAAGACUUAAUGAAAUUCAAAAGGAUGGCUAAUGGAAGUUUUGGUGACUCUGCUGAAUUUGAUAUGUACAACACAGAAAACAGUUCAGGAGACAUGUCUAGAUCUACAUUUGUGCCGCCGCCACACACUUCAAGUGGUGAUUCACAAAUUAGACCUAUCCAAAACUAAAACAGCACUGUUGAUAUUGAUAACAAGUCUUGUUGAGAACACAAAUUCACCAAACUCUUUCUCUAGAAACCAGAAGUACAAAUUUCACAAAACUCCUUCUCUAUCUCUCUUCAAAUUUUGUUCUGUUUUGUUUCCCCAAAUUUUUUUUAUAGCAGGGAACAUUGAAAAUUUGUACUACAUCUUAUACUAUACUGUGGGAUAUGAUUGAAGAUUGAGUGUCUUAUAGCACAUUUUGAAUGAUACAUUGAGUUUGUAUAUAAAAAACUACGAUUUGUGUUUUCCAUUUUGAAUUUAUGUUCGAGUAAUUCUGUUGUUGUACA